CCCGACGGCCCGGUUCAUCGAGAGAAACGUGUUCGAGAACUAGCGACGCCGAAUUAAGAUCUUCGACGCACGUACACACACAUACCUACAGAUAUACAGAUACAUAUCUACAUAAAUACAUAUAUAACAUAUAUAAGAAUAUAUAUAUAUUUAUAUAUUGAUAUAUAUAUAUAUAUAUAUAUACAUUUAAGAAGAAAACAUUAAUUUGGAAUACAAUCAAAUUAUUACGGAUACAUACACGCGUGUAUACCGGUCAGGUGCGCGAAAUCGUAACCGUAGUGGAAAUCUGGAUGAUCCGAAAUUUGGCAAGUUGAUCAACUCGCUAUCAAUACUUCUCAGUGAUCACUACGAUCCAGGAUGAUUGUCCUCGCGUGGUCUUUGUUCGUGCUGGUCUCGUUACUCGUCGCAACUAAUCAAGCCUUUUUUGCUGCUCCUGCACCAGUUCACGGAGCGUCGAGUUACGAUGUCACUGGCGUGCAGCGACGAUUGGAGAGUUACGAGGUGAUUCAUAAAGUUAAUAACAACCAACACCCAGUUGAUUCGACGAGCAAUAAUCAUGACGAUGAACAAACGGUUUAUGUGUUCGAAUUUGAAUCCGAGUCGAAUGAGAAAGAAGAAAGUCUGCAAGAAGGAAAGGAGACAUCUUCUGGUAAGCAAUCAUUUAUCUUUAUGGAUCUCGAUUAAUCCAUUAUAAAUNNNNUGGAUCCCUGGUCGAUCGUCUGGUACAUCGGUUCAUUCGGCGGCCUCGUCGCUUUUUUCCUCAUCGUCAGUUGUUCGGAAUGGUGCUGUCGUCGUGGUGGAAGGUCACUAUCGGUCCCUUAUUCUCAACGAAACGACGUGAUCAACGGACCGGUAGUAACCGAAACACCACCCCCACCUUAUCAUUUGUUCGCGCCACCCUCGUACGAUUCUGUGAACUAUGGCGAGAUAACGGACAAGACUUCUGGAGAGAAGGUAGACAUAUAUGUGAUAUCAGUGCCACUUCAUAGACCUGUGGUACAGGCACCAGCUUAAAUUUUCCUCGAAGAGACCCUCGAACGGAGGAUACCGGUCGAAUUGAAAUGGAAACGACACCGCGUCGAUGUCCAUUGACAAUCGUUUGUUGGUCCAUCAGUGGACGCAAUAGUACGAGAAGAAGGACGAUAUAUCGCUUUUGAAGAAUUUAUUAAAGCUUUCUCGGUGAUAUAUAUGCAUCUUCCUUUAAAUCGGGAGAAUUUUUGACAAUCGUUGGCCGAUCUAUGAACAAUAUCCAUUGAAAACGAGAUCAAGAAAGGACGAAGAACGAGCUUGAUAAAUUAUUCGUUUGAAUAUUGAAGAUACUUUUGAAUAUCGUGAACUUGAUACACAUAAGUAUCGCGAUGUAUGUAUGUGUAUAAAUUUGAAUAUUACGAAAUGAUAGAGAAGAUUUUUGUUCGUCGUUGAAGGAACAAAUAAUAUUUCACGAAGAUUAUUAAUAACAGGAUAAGGAAUUUGAAAGGUUGGAAGGACAUUUAUGAAACGAAGAAACGCGAGAAGCUUCGAAUCUCUCUAUGAUGACUGAUGGACACCGAAAAUUCCGAACUGUUAAAAAGAUUUCGAAAAAUUGUUACCGAAUAUUUAAAGAGACGUUAUAUUUCUGUGUAACAACGAAUGAAGAAAAGAAAUGGAAAGGCCGGUUAUAAAUAUUUCUAGAAUUUAAAAAUAUCAAUUGAGAAGGAAGGAAAAAAGAAAAAAAAAAAAAAAAAAAAAAGGCAAUAAGAAAUUUCAUCAUACACACUCGGACUAGAUCGAAUCAAUGAAGCAAUUUUCUCUGUGAUGAUGUUCGUAAAACGAACUGAAAUUAAAACUAGAAUGAAAUUAAUAAAAAAGACGUGCUUUUUGAGAAAAUGAAUCCGUUGCACGGAUAUUAAGCGAGCAACUUUUUUUCAUAUUUUUUUUAAGAAACUGAAUGGAAAAUCAACGAAAUACGAACAUAAUGUGUAUUCGAGCUCGAUUUCAUUCGAUAAAUGAGCAAAUGAUUUAGGAUCAGUCGCAAGUGUUUAAUUAAACGAAUUAUUUAUCCGAUCACUGCCUGAUUAGAUGAAUGAUUCGAAAUCAUUCUGAUCCUUUAUUAACUUUUUUACGCUAGUUUUUGAGUUCACGACUCGUCGUAACAAGUCUUGUGACUUGUCGUAGCAAAUUGAGAAAACAAAAAAACUGCCAUAUUUUCGUAUAUCGUUAUUUUUUAAGAUUAAUCUUACGCUACUU